CCUCGGUAAAGCGGAAAGUCCAAGAUGGCGGACUAAGCGGCGUGGCUUUCUGGAGAAGUUUCACAUUUACGAUCUUAUAGAUUCAAAAAGAGCAUCAAAUACCUCAACUAUUCGCCUUUUCUUAAGCCCACCACACGGACUUUGAGUGUGGAGCGACGGCGUGUUACCUGAAGUGAAGAUUGAAGACGUGAUAGAAGAUGGACAACUACUGCUAUGCUAAGAUGGCGACGUCAUGUCAAAGAGAAAGUGAAAGAGAAUCAACGGAGAACAAUCUGAAAAGCGAAGAUGAAGGGGGGAGCUCCACUUUGAAGCAGGAGACUCCACAACCACCCUGCAUUAAAAAGGAAGAGGAGGAACUCUGCAUCACUCAGGAGGGAGAGUGUCUUCUAGGACGAGAGGAAGCUGAUUACACCAAGUUUCCACUGACUAUUGUCUCUGUGAAGAUUGAAGAUGAUGAAGAGAAACCACAAGUAGACAACCUCUUAGCUCCACUAUCAGAUAGUGAGGCUGAAGAUGAGGUUGAAGUAACUUUGAGCAGCGAUACAGACUGUGAAGGUGAUAUGAGGACUCACACUGACAACAAACGCUCUGAAUGCUCUGCAAAGAAGAGACGUAAAACGUGUUUGAGCUGCUCAGUUUGUGGUCAAAGUUUUACUCAAAAAAGCCAUUUGACUGAACACAUGAGAACACACACAGGAGAAAAACCAUUUAAUUGUUCAGUUUGUGGCAAAAGCUUUUCUCGAAAUAGCCAUUUGACGGAACACAUGAGAAUACACACAGGAGAAAAACCAUUUAAUUGUUCAGUUUGUGGCAAAAGCUUUUCUCUAAGUAGCAAUUUGAGUCAACACAUGAGAACACACACAGGAGUAAGAACAUUUAAGUGUUCAGUUUGUGGGAAAAACUUUUCUCAAAAUAGCCAUUUGACUGAACACAUGAAAACACACACAGGGGAAAAACCGUUUAAUUGUUCAGUGUGUGGCAAAAACUUUUCUCGAAAUGGCAAUUUGACUGAACACAUGAGAACACAUACAGGAGAAAAAACAUUUAAUUGUUCAGUUUGUGGCAAAAGAUUUUCUCAAAAAAGCUCUUUGACUCCACACAUGAGAACACACAGGAGAAAAAACAAUUAAUUGUUGCGUUUGUGGCAAAAGCUUUUCUCGAAAUAGCAUUUUGACUAAACACAUGAGAACACAAACAGGAGAAAAAACAUUUAAUUGUUCAGUUUGUGGCCAAAGCUUUUCUAUAAGUAGCAAUUUGAGUCAACACAGAACACACA